CCUUCCACGUGCAUCACUGCCUCUUCCCUUCUCGCUUGGGAACUCUAGUCUCGCCUCGGGUUGCAAUGGACCCCAACUGCUCCUGCGCCGCUGGUGUCUCCUGCGCCUGCGCCAGCUCCUGCAAGUGCAAAGAGUGCAAAUGCACCUCCUGCAAGAAGAGCUGCUGCUCCUGCUGCCCUAUGGGCUGUGCCAAGUGUGCCCAGGGCUGCAUCUGCAAAGGGGCAUCGGAGAAGUGCAGCUGCUGCGCCUGAUGUCGGGACAGCCCUGCUCCCAAGUACAAAUAGAGUGACCCGUAAAAUCCAGGAUUUUUUGUUUUUUGAUACAAUCUUGACCCAUUUGCUACAUUCCUUUUUCUGUGAAACAUGUGCAUAAUAAUUAAACACUGACUUGAUUC